UUUCACUUCAGCGAGUUAAACUCCUUCGACAGGAGUGUGAAACGGCCGUAACUGUACUGGAGCCUAGCUGCCAGGAAAUGGGAAACAGCCCCAGCAACAGCGAUGCAGAAGAAGAUCGGGAAUUCAAAGAGCUGGAUGAUGGCAACUCUGACAAUGAAGAUGGUGACAAAGAUGGAUUUACCACAACAGAUUUGAGUGGACUUUUCAACCAUACAACUCUUAGGAAUUAUGCUGCAAAGAUUAAAGAGGAAAUCCCUGAAAAUGUCUUGCAACAAUACCGAUUCCAGAUCAUCAGAUGGCUGGAAGAUAGGGAAAGCAAAAUGGAGGAGACUUUGACUAUCGCCCAUUUCUGUGAUUGGCUAAUGAACAAGGGAGUGUCUAGAGAUGAUGCUAUUAAGGCGUUCCAGCAGUUUGAUGUGGAUGGCAGUGGGGUCGUGGAAGUGGACACAGUCCUGGAGACAGUAAAGUCAAUCAGUGGACCUAAUAUUCUCGGCGAGCUUGGGCGUAGCAUCCGCAUGCUCCAGGCAUGUUCCCUUGUCCCUGGAUUUGUAGAUGUAUAUUCUGGUGAUAAGAAUGCUGUCAAACACCACUCUGAGAGGAUACUAAAGUACCUGCUGCGGAAUAGAUCUCCAAGUCUGAGUCUACCUUUCCCCUACCUUAAUGGAUUUAACAACACCACAAGCAUGAGGAACUCUGUACUAAAGUCCACUUUCAAAGGUCUCAAAGAAUCAGCACAAAUGGGUGGGCAGGCAUCACUGGGAUCCGGGGAAGAGGUACGCACCAUUAGCCCAUGUCACACCAGUAUAGAGGUGUCGUCCAACACAGCUGAUGUAUACAGAAUCACGAAUGGUGACCCUAACACAUUCUGGCAGUCGGAUGGGUCUGCUCGCUCCCACUGGAUGAGACUGCAUGUAAAGCACAAUGUGGUAAUAAAGAGCCUGUCCAUCUCCGUGGCCUCGUCUGACUCCAGCUACAUGCCUGAGGUAGUGUCGAUUGCUGGAGGGAAAAGCUACAGAGGCCUCCGACCCAUCAAGGAGGUGCGGAUACCCAGCCACAUUACUGGAGAGUUUGUGCUGUUGAAGAAUGCAAAGAUAUUUUAUCCAAUCCUCCAGAUCAACAUAAAGAAGUGCAGAAAUGACGGCUGUGACACGAGGAUACACGGAAUCAAAACAGUUGGGUACAAGGUGAUCCGCGAGGCCAGUGUCAGUGUAGCUGAUGCCGCUGCUAUCUGGUAUCUACAAAUCUUAGCCACCACCGUAACCAUGACAAUGCCACUUGCCCCAAGUCUCAGACCAUCCAUUUUGGAUCACACUCGGAAAGCAUUAGGCCACAUUCCACCAUUGUCCUUGUGUCCAGCCAGUGGAGAGAGACCACAGUUCCUCAGCAAGUUUGUCCUACAGGAAGUAGAAAAGUUUGUCACAGACAUUGCUUUACAUGAAGGGCAUGUUAUUCCAGAGGGUCUACAGAUGCUGCUGUCCUUCAACCUGGCUAGAGGGAAUGUGGGGGGUCUCCUCCGUACGCUAAAACUUCUUAAAGAAAACCCAGACACUGUUCAGCCAUGUACAAAGCUGCUAAACAAAAUGUUUCAGGCGAGAGAUUUGUGCUGGGAAAAGUCAGGUCACCCCUUACAGGUGAGUCUGGCUGGUACUGAUGGUGGACAGACCGAUGUCAACUCCUGUGCAGAAAACGUUCUCAAUCAGGCGUGGACCUCACCCCCUGUGCAAACCUCCUACCUGUCAGCCGAAGGUCACACAAAAGUCAACAUGAUAUUUAAGUCCUCGGAGUACAUACAGCUGACAAGACUCAGGAUAAAGGUUGUGAGUGGGAUGAAGGGAGCACGCCGAGGCCUUGUGUUUGUGUACAGGGACAGCAGAGAGUUUGAGAUGGCAAGCCAUGUAGAUCGGUUCCAGGCCUAUGAUAACUGGAGUAGGAUCGACUAUGAAUUCUGUGUUCAAGUCCGAAAUGCGAGGAAAGCUGGUAAACCAGACAACCCUGUGGCCUACUUUACAUUUGAAGAUGACUGUGAUGAGGUGGAAAUACCUGUUUCUUGGCACCCAGUUGGUCAGUAUAUAUUGGUGAAGUUUCUGGAACCAAGACAUGAGAGUGCAAACAAGAUUGGUAUUAUUGGAAUAAAGUUCUAUGGCUUCACGCGCAAGUCAGUUCUUGUAGAGGAUAAUGAUGCAAAGGUACGACAUGCUCCCAGCUCGGAGAGGGCCUGCACGAGUCUGGACAUUAUACAGUGUGUAUUGGAAUUUCUGGUGGAUCUCUCACAAGAUCAGGCAUCCAAGCGAGGAAUAUCUGCGGGUCGCCCGGAGUACCUGGAGUUUACUGACACACCUCUGGACACUAUAUGGGAACUGUAUAACUCCUUCAGGGAACGGACUGAGGAGAAGUGGCAGACGUGUGCCCUGUUGACUCUACAACUUCUGUACUGUCUGCUGCCCGCCCUGUCCUCACUGUCCGGCGAGAGGAAGAUAGCAGCAGAAGCUCUGUUCCAGCAUCUUUGUAAAGUCAUUGAUGGACCGGAGAAAGACAAAAGUCCCAAACUCCAUAAGCUUUGUCGUCAGCUUAUCAUAGACGGUGCUGCAGUAUUCUUUCCUGACAAAGACACUAGAAGGAAGCAGUUAUUUUGUAUGAUGCAGAAUGUUGAGAGUCUGUCUGAGGCCCCAUCUGUGAUGUUGGUAUUCCAGUCCCUGUGUCAAUUUUUUAGCUCUGUCGACCCCAGUGGACUUCUUGACCUCCCCAAAACUCCAUCAGAUGUACUGACAUUCCACAUAGACCCAGUGCUGGAGAUAAUGGAGACGAUGAUAAACGUGACAUUCCAUGAGUUCUGUCUGAUGAUGGAGAGGGGCCACAGCCAUGAACAGGUUGUACAUCUUCUCCAGCUUGUGUCCUCUCUUCAGACCUCUCUGCUUGCCUGGGCAUGGUCACAAAUGGCUCCUGAUGAGAUCGACAGUGCCAAAACAACUCCUAGCAACAUGGCGGACAUCAAGGCUGUCUGUUCUCAGGUCACCACUCAGUACUCUGGCUUUGUGGCCGACAGAGCAACAGAAGCAUGCAAACUGAUGCAGAAAAAGGAUGUGGAGAAAGUUAAAGAGCUGAUCCUCCCUGCUGAGACAUCACUCCUUGGCACAGUGGUGAGACAGUUGGUGUUGACGUUGACGUACCUGUGUGACUACUGCGACUCUGAGUCACGAGUUGUACUGAUACAGAAGUUCCAACCUCUGGCCACGGAGCUGCAGAAAUUGGCAGCCUUACUCCCUUCACUCUUCCCAAAUAUCAGCAGUGAACACUGGGACACAGUACAGACGGAGGACAUUGUGCUGAGGACGUGGGAGGUUGAAUCGUCUCACAGCUAUGAGAACAAUCAACAUCUCACCCAGGUUUUUAGCUGUCCUGGUGCUGAUAAAUUCAUGGUUGACUUUGACGCCAGAUGUGAAACAGAGAGACGGUAUGAUUACCUAGUUUUUACUGACGCUAAAGGCUUACAGAUGAGGUUUGACCAGAAAGUUGGCACACCCAAGUGGCCACGUCAAAUCAACUUUAGCGGGCCACACCUGCAUUUCCUGUUCCACUCUGACAGCAGUAACACAGAGUGGGGGUAUAAAUUUAAAGUGACAGCAAGGGGUAGCCCAGACAUUCCACUGUCAUGGCCUUUUGACCUUCAACUCAGUCUCACAAAGAUGCUUGGUCGAAUGUGUGGAUGUACACUCAACUCACACCCUUAUGCAGACAAAGACCCUCUGAUGAAUGCAGAGGAGUCUGCAGAACAGGACGUACUCCGAAGUGAAUUGUGGACCACGCUGUUUAGAGGAGGCUAUAUGGUUGGCAAAAUACAACGAUCACUUUCCGGAAAAUUUGUAACAGAAGAUAGUGGUGGCCAUGUCCUUGAGUUCCUUUGGAAGUUUGUAAACAGAGAGGAGGAUCUACCAAAGAAAUUUCUUGAUAAGUGUAAGGAGGGCAGUAAAAGUCUCCAGGUGGGCGGGGACGCCGUGGAAUCAGCUGUGGUGGCUGUGUUUGCUGCACUGGUGUGGCAUACACAACAGCUGAGGGAUGACCUCAAUAAAUAUGUGGAAGCCAGCGGCGAGGCAGUUAUCACUGACGGGAUCACACAGGCCUACGCAGCUGCUGAAACUCUCCGAACACAGCUGCUAGCAUUACGUCAGCGUGCUAUCACCAACAGUGAGAAGAAAAAGAAUGAGGACCCUGAUGAUCCAGGUACCUUGUGUAGGGACAAGGCCUUAUUCUUGCUCAAGUUCGCUGGCCUUACCAAGGUUCAGCUGAAAAAUGAGAUGAGGACAAAGGCAACGAAGCAGUGGAAGAAGCUCUCCAAUCGCAAGUCGGAAAAAAUGCUGAAAGGGCUGGAUGGUUCAGACAAAUCCCCUUCCUUCCGACUGGUCCUGGAGUUUGUACAGGACCCUGCCUGGACCACAGAAAGAGUGAAUCGUAUCUUACAUGAACGUUCCCAACAUGCCAAGGCAGUGUCAGACAUUUACACAUUUGUGGCCGAGUUCAUCAGGAUCCAUCAGUGUACAGAAAUCAGUCACCCCUUCCAGAUCCCAGUGGUAUUGUUCCUGCAGGAGGUGCUGUCUUACCAGGAUGGCUUCACCAAGCACUAUGCUGACAGUCUGGAUGGGUGUGGCCUACAACAGGAGGCACGCGUCAGACAGGCUUACUACCUCCUGGUGCGACGACUCACUGAGCCUUUCCACAGAAUGCAUCGCCAUGACUUAAACAAGAAAAUUGCCCCAGCAUAUGAAUAUGUGCAGGCCUGUCUGCUGCACCUGUUAGACAUGGAAUGGCAGCCAUAUGAUCUGAUGUUUGUCACUGAGGUCAAGCUGCCAGCCCUCUUCUUGAGUGUGGCCAAAGAGACAGUAAAGAUGCGAGACUGCACCCUAAGCCAGGAGGAGGAUGAGAAAGACAUCCGCCUGUAUGAGCAAUGUAUGUUAUGGUUCGAGGAGUGUGAGAGUGGCUUCGAUCGGUGGUACAACGGCAACAAAAUGGAUCAUGGCUCUCGAGAAGACAAGAAGGCUGUACAGAUGUUUGUUGCAAGAUUUUGUGACUUGCUGGAUGUUGAGGUUAGCUGUGAUGGCUGUUCUGUGACCCUUCCAGGCCGGCGGUACCGCUGUCUCCAGUGUGUAGACAUGGAUCUGUGUGCAACAUGUUACGCUGGAGGAGUGAAACCAGAGGGAGAUCACUCUGACGACCAUGACAUGGUCCAUCUCGUGUACAAGUGUAACAAAUGUCAGGCGUUCAUAGUGGGCACCAGGAUUCACUGUAAUGAAUGUGACGACUUCGAUCUCUGUCUCGGCUGUCACUCAAAGGGCAAAUUUCCCACAGAACAUACGCCCAGUCAUGACAUCACAAAGUUUCCGAUGAUCAAAUUACGGCCUUCCCAGGACUCCGACUCCCUGAUCCAGGCGUACAUCCACCAACAUGUGUGGCUGCUGUUUACAGUAUUAGCCCUAUCCACCGGGGACAUCAUUCACGCGGAUAACCCUAACAGUAUGGUGGACACUGACUACAUCAAACUGGCCGCCAACCUCCAACACGAGUGUAUAGAGAUUGUCACCCACUGCCUGCAGCAGGUCCCUGAUGAUGCAGAAGACAGUACCAAGGAGGUGUUACAAGGAGGACUACUACGUCUGGAGACCAGACAGGAACAGGCAUUCGCCAUCCACUCCCAGGAGAGGAUUAUGGGAUUGCUAGGUGCCAUGAUUCCUCAAGAUCACAAGAUCUCAUCAGCUGGUGUUACAUACAACUUUACCACGGAUCAGUUUAUACAACUGUUAUUCAAGAUUGCCAAGGGGGAGAGUGGACACGAGGUGAACACUCGACACCUGGCCAUGGGACUGCUAGGCCCACUGCUGGCCAAGUGUUCCCCUAAGGUUGCUGAUGAUUCAGUCAAGUCUACCCAGGGUGCUGUAACAAAAUUGGAUAGCUACAUUGAUGGGCAGAGGACCAUUGAAUACCUCUUCUCCUUUGGUGCAGAUUGUCUGGAAAAGUGCGGACUUGAGUGGGCAUGCUCAGUGGCGCGGAUCCUCCAAAACCUCUACAGUUCCACGGACUGGCGGUCUGUCAUCCACCACCACCUAACUACUUGUGUACAGACACUGACUGCUCUGCUGGACCUGCCUUCCAUAUUUGCCCUGUUUGUCAUGGCAGGAUUUCCAGAGGUGCUGACUAUUGGGACACUGGUCCAGUACAACCAUAUGGAUAUGGAGAAGAAGAAGGGAGUGGUUCUGAAGCACUACCCUGACAAGUACCAGACCCUCAUCAUAGACAUUAAGACUCGCAAGCGUCACACGGUACAGGACAAAUUUGUUGACUGCCUUUCAUUGGUGGCUGACACCUGGGACACGGACCAUGUGACUUUGUUUAUCAACACCAUCCAGACUAUUGUUGGCAAGAUUAGGGCAGAGGAGAAGGUAUUACUAGAGACAGUCUGGGUCCUGUCUCUGUGUCUCAAGGUUCUAAACAACAAUGUCAAGUCUAUGGAGAAUUGUAUGGUGGAGGAUCUGUUUGAGCCAAAGUUUAUACAAUGUCUGGUGCACCUAGCCAGUAAGGGCACAGAGUUCAGUCAGCAGUGGCUCCUAAAGGAUCUGGAGGUUCUCUCUCUGAUGUUAUACACAAACGAAGGAGUGGGUGCAUCUCACAAACGCAGCAAGGCUUUAUCCUACCCAGAACAACUAGCUGCUGCUUUAGAGAAACGUACAAAAUCAAAACGGUGUUCAGAAAACAAUGAGUUCAAUGAUAGUGACAACGACAACAUGUCAUACCUGUCAUCAUCGUCAUCAUCGAGUUUUAACAGCGGGGCAGACAGCAGUGAUGACGAAACAGAAACAACAAAUAUCAACGACACAUUCCCCGACCUUGAUCAGAGGACAAAGGUCAUGUUUGAGACACUACACAGCGACCUGAAGGUUCCGUAUGAUGUCCUCCGUGCCAUAUUUGACAUGCAUGAUAAGAACCCAGAUGAUGUUGUUAAGGCCAUAGUGGAAAACUUAGAAAACUCACCUAUGACAGCCAAAGAGGAUAUUAAAAGACUCAGUCAGAAAUGGGAGUCCAUUGCACACACAAAGAGUCCAGAGGUCACCCAAAUGACCAGUGUCACAGACAAAGUGAUCGACACUGGAAUACACUACCACCCAGUCAUGAAGCAGACAGAGAGAGGAAUAGAGAAAGCUACAGAGGAGAGUGGGGAAACUCAGAAGCUGAUUCGUACUCCUGACAAUGAUAUGGAGGACGACAUCCACAAACAGCAGCGUGCAAAGAGUGCUGAACUACUUAAACAGGAGCUUGAGAAGCAGGGGAAAGCAGGGUCAACAGAUUACCUCCACAAGGUCAACAUGGCCAUGUCUGUACUGUACGCCCGCCAAGUCCUUAUUAGUCUCCUGGCCCAGUGGCCAGACUCCGGACAUGUCAUCUCCGCAGAGCUUCUCGGCUGUAAGGAUGUACAGCAGAUACCAUGUGUUCUCGACCUUCUCAACAAGAUGGAGAGCCGGGAGUGUUUCCAGCAGGUAGUGGAGAAGGUGAUACGUAACUGUCAGACGGACAGUCUGGUGCCUAUUGCCAGUACAGCGGGACAGUUUAUGGAGGAGGUCACUCUGUCGUCCAUCACCCACGAGUCGGAUCACAACUGUCGACACAUCCCAGAUGUCAAAAAGACAAUCCAGUUACCAGGGGCAUCUUACCUCCAAGUGACAUUUGACAGCAAGUGUGCAGUGCGUGACACAGAUGAUGUCGUGGUAUUCUCCUCCUCCUCCACUAUGGAUAUAAACAAACAUGAGUACACCGGCCCUGCCACUCCUACCUGGUCCAACUUCAGAAUUCCAGGUGACACCCUGUAUUACUCAUUCAAGAGCAGCAGGGAUGUUCUGGUGCAAGUGCCAGUGUGGGGAUACAAGUUCACUGUGACUGCUGGCACUCGAGACAGCUUUGAAACUGGAUAUGCCAUUCUGAACCGAGUUCUUUCUACUAAUUUAGCAUUAGCCCUCCCUCUACGUGACCUUUGGCAGAUCCUGGUAUAUGUGGCCACCAAACAGACUGGCUGUCAGCGACUAAAAGCUAUCCAGCUCCUGCUGAAGAUUGUCGGGACUCAACACAGAACUGCAAGCAGCUCCAAGUUGACCCUUGACCUCAGCCUGCUAAAAGCUCUAUGGCAUUUGUACAAUCAAAUGACCAAACAGGAAGUGGAUAGUAACAUAGUGCUGCCCCCUGUUGUCAGGGCCCUCACAGAACUCUUCCUCCAAGUGGAGUCCCUAGCCAUGGAAUGGGACAUGGUGACAGAGUACUUGCUUGCCAUACAGGAUAUUGACGAGAUCCGGAAGGUGAUACGACAGGGGAUAAUGAAUGUAGCUGCUGUGAGUUGUAUGAUUCGGUACAAUAACUUGGCCGUGGAACUGGUGACAGUGAUGAAGAAGAAGAAGACGACGACAACAACAGCAGUGACCCCAUCAAAUGUAGCAACAACCAACACAUCGAUGGUCAACAGAGUAAAGGGAGACAACCAGGAUGUGGAUUUAUAGUCGUCAACCAACCUACGCAAUAAUUGUCUGCAGGGAGAUGAUGUUGAACAUUGUAGCUUACUUACAAAACAAUGCCUCCAAAAUCCGCGGAGACUGUGAUCUGCUGUGGUAAUGUGUUCUGUGAUACGUGAUAUUGUGAUUAUAGUUUACAGUCAUAUGACCUUAUAGGUCAUUUGUUGUGAUAUAUUUGUACAUACAUCUAAUACAUGUACGUCACUAAGAAUUGUAUUUUAUGUAACAUGGCACACAAUAUUAUUUAAAAGAAUUGUUUAGACCAUGGUGACAGAAACAAUGUGUGUGACUCCGUUUACAGGUUUUAUCUUGAAUUUAUAAGGUUCAGUUCAUAUGUGACAGACAAUGAAAGAUUCAUCAGAUACUAGGCUAUCCAAUCUGUUCAAUAAGAUAUGGCAUGUAGCUAAUACCAAUGGUAUAUAUAAUACCACUGGUAUAGCUAAUACCUAUGGUAUAUAUAAUUUCACUGGUAUAGCUAAUACCAAUGGUGUAAAUAACACAAUGGUGUAAAUAAUACCACUAGACUAGUGUAAAUCAUACCACUGGUAUAACUAAUACCAAUUGUGUAAAUAAUACCACUGGUAUAACUAAUACCACUAGACUAGUGUAAAUAAUACCACUGGUGUAACUAAUACAACUAGACUAGUGUAAAUAAUACCACUGGUGUAACUAAUACCACUAGACUAGUGUAAAUAAUACCACUGGUAUAAAUAAUACCACUAGACUAGGGUAAACAAUACCACAGCUUACUUGUACCAUCCUAUUGUUCUGAAGGCUGCAGCUUUGUGGUCGAAUAGGUCCAUGUAGAAUUUGAAACAUAAUCUAAAAGCAUAUUAAUGUUUUUAGGUUACCUGACCAUAGGUCAUGGUAACCUAACCAUAGGUCAUGGUAACCUAUUGUGAUAGCCUUUUGUCCG